GUUAACAGGCUAAACUGUUAAGACUUGAUACACAGUAAUACUGUACACAAUAACAUGAAGUAGAGAUUGAGAAACACAGGAAAGAAAGAAAAUAUUCCACGUACAACCAGUACAAACUCACAUGGUGCUGUAAUCUGAGAUUACUGGUCAAGCAAUCUUCACUUUGGCCUGUUAAAAGGAUUAGAGGAAGAGUCAUCAAACUAUUCCAGCACUACAAAACCCCCUCCGACUGCUGAGACAUCUUUAGUCAGUCAUUGCUCUCAAACAAACGGGCAUAUCAAACAAGCACAACAUUAGGAGUAUAGCUGUUGUUUCUGUAGCAGUUGACUGAUCAGGCCCAAUGGCUCUGCUCAAAUCUGGCUGGCUCUGGAGACAGUCUUCAAUCCUCAAACGCUGGAGGUUGAACUGGUGUGACCUGUGGAUAGAUGGGAGCUUUGUUUUUUACAAAACUGAAUCCAGAAGAGACUAUGAGACCAAAGUGAAUCUGAAGGCCACCUGUGUGAAUGUGAAGUCUGGACUGGAGUGUCCAAAUGUAUGUCCACCUGAGACUCACCCCAGAGAGAAUCUGCUGGUUGUUUAUCUGAGGCAUGGUAAUAUGCUGAUCCUGUGUGCCAACAGUGAAGAUGAGGCACUGGCCUGGAAACUCACACUCAUGGAGGCGAAAAGAAAUCCUGUUUUCACGUACAAUCCCUAUGAUGAUACAUACCAAACCGUUCCAAUUGACAGUCAUAAUGCAGUUUACAUCAUGCCAAGUACAGGUAGUGGAGGGACUCAGCAUGUCUGGGUACACAGAGACUCUUAUGACGACAAUUUUGGAGAGCAGAUUGCGUUGGGCCUCCUGGCUGGAAUGGCUGCAGGUGCAGCAAUGCGUUCUCUUCUAUGGAUGCCCUUCUGGUUCUGCUGAGGACCAGUCAGAUAGCAGGAUGAUCACUGGAAAUCCAGCAGACUGAGAGAACAGACCGGAAGAGCCAUCCAUAAAGCUCAGCCGUAGCAAAUGCUCCUGUUCCUUCGUAUAAAUAUGUAAAUAUGAGAAUAGCUGCAGCUGUUUUAAACUCAGUGGGCAUUAAGUGGUUAAUCAGUGUGUAAAGGAGGGAUUCUUCUUUUUUGAUUGUUUACAGUUCUUUAGAAUAUCUAUAAAACUAUAUAAUAAUUCUGCACACAGCUAAUGAUUGUUUUUUCUUGCUGCCACGAUUCUGCUUUGUGUAUGUUGUACAUGUAGAGCUUUGCAAACUUGCUCAGGGUUUUGUCC